AUGCGACCGAGAACUUCAGAAACGGCAUCCCAGCCUUCUCAGGCUCAGGCGACGUCUGUUGCCUCGAACCAUCACCAAGCCCUUGGGUCGGCCCCGCCUACAGUUGAUGCUUACCCCGAUCAACACCCUCAAUACCACCACCAUCGCGAACCCGGCCAGCAACUAGAACAACAACAACAACCACAACAACCACAGUCUCACGAUCCGCCGACACAGGGGCAACCCUCAUACUCUGCUUACAAUCAGGCAUUCCCCGUGAUACCCCCAUCCUACUACCACGAGCCCGGCUCAUUUAUACACGACGAAUACGACGAUUACGAAGACUACGACGACGAUGAUGUUGAAGAUGAGGAUGACGACCUAGACAUGAGCGACAGCGAUGGAGGUGCUCCCUUGGACCAUGUCAUGACAGUCACCAGCCUUCUGUCCCCUAUGCCCGACACCGAGACCGAAACGGACCCUCCCCAGUCAUUUCCCGGGAAUCACCACAUCGAGCAUCCCGCACAUCCGCCACAAGACCAACACACGUCCUUGGGCCCCCCUGCUCAUAUGGUGAACUACUGGAACAUUUCGAUUGCGGCCGGGCACGGAUUCCUCGAUCCGAUAGGAGCUCACCACCCUACCCCGCUUGAUACGACUCCUUUCCAUCCCAUGCUUCAUGCUGGAGCUGUGGAUGAUGACGAUGACGACGAUGUUUUCUACCCACCCGUUGCCGAGCAGCUCCAGCAGUUUCAGGCAGCGGUUCCCAGCGAGGAUGAGAUAGCAUGGGAAAACGCAGGUCCACCGGCCCUCAGCAAUCCUAACCCGAGCACUCUCGGCCCAGAAAAUCCCGGCCUGACCGACUUCCUCAAGGGCUGGGCCUGGCGUAACGGCUUCCAGUCUAGAGGUCCUAGCCCUGGCAUUCGUCAAAUAAAUGCACAGGUGUCGAGGGAUGUUUCGCGCGUGCGAUACUCGGAUCUGGAGGGUGACGCAUAUGAUGCGCAGGGCAUCAACUGGGAAGCCUUGGGGGUGACGCGCAAGAAUGCUCGAGAGCGUAGAUGCCUGGACUACAAGAAUUAUACUAACAGGACGGAUUCAGAUAUCUGGGCUCCCCAUCUGCCAGACAGAAUCAUACGCAAUACCGAAGAUUUCUUCAAGUUCCGUCGCAUGGAUAUCCGUCAAAACGUCCACCUGGCUCAUUUCCAGCUGCGCAAUAUUCUUGCAUGUACUGGACGGAGCCAUGCCUUCUACCCGGGCCAGCGAGCCGUUCACCAGAUCAACCCCGUAUCUGGCGAGAGCGAAGUGGCUAUGGACCUCAACGACAUGAUUGGUGUCCAGAUUUCAACCUUGGAUGCCAAUUGUGGUAUAUUGAUUGCGGGUACUUUCAAUGGAGAGUACUGCAUGCGAAAUAUUUACAGCCAGGACAAGAAGUAUACCGAGGGGCAAAUUACCAGCCACGUCAGUGGUAUAACCAAUCAUUUGCAGAUCCAUGCUUCGAGGAGCUCAUCCGCACCGCUAGCUGCCUUUGCAUCCAACGACCAAGGCUUCCGUGUCAUGGAUGUGGCCACGGAAAAGUUCGUUCUGGAUACGCAAUACGGCUGUCCCAUCAACUGUUCCGCUCUGUCCGCCGAUCGUCGUCUGCGUGUAAUGGUCGGUGAUAACUACAACGUCUUGAUUGCAAAUGCGGACACUGGUGAGAUAUUGCAAGAGUUGGGAGGCCACCGGGACUUUGGAUUUGCGUGCGACUGGUCAGACAAUGGCUGGACUGUUGCAACCGGUUUCCAAGACAUGAGCGUGAAGCUCUGGGACGCUCGAAUGUGGACCAACUCGGACGGUACCAGCAAGCCACUCACCACGAUUCGCUCUGAGAUGGCAGGUGUCCGUAGCUUGAGAUUCUCUCCCACCGGCAGUGGCCCUCAAGUUCUCGUUGCAGCCGAGGAAGCCGAUUACGUCAACAUCAUCGACAUCCAGACUCUCGCCCAUAAGCAGACGUUUGAUAUCUUUGGGGAGAUUGGAGGUGUCGAGUUCACCAACGAUGGCCAGGAUCUCAACAUUCUCUGCAUGGACCGGACUCGUGGAGGGCUGGUGCAACUGGAGCGUUGUGACUUAGGGUCCAGCUCCGACUUUGAGUACGCACAUCAAGCUGCGGCCUUGGAUCCUUGGUGGAGGCCCAGCCAGAACGGGAUUUUGUCUGAGACGGAGUUGGUUCGAUCAAAAUUUUUGGUUCAGCGGGAAAGAGGGAACGACCUCUUUGACCUCGAUAAAUGA